AUGCCUUACUUACCUGAACCUGCUAAAACAGACUAUGACUAUAUUGUGAUUGGUGCUGGUUCUGGUGGCCAAGCUGGUGCCAGAAGAGCCGCUUCCUACGGUGCUUCUGUCGCCAUGAUUGAAGCUCAAAGUGUCCUUGGUGGUACUUGUGUCAAUGUCGGCUGCGUUCCUAAGAAAGUCAUGUGGAACACAGCUUCUAUUUUUGAGACUAUUCGACAAGCUAAGGGCUACGGGUAUGAAUUCCCUGGUAUGAACGGUGAGGUCAAGUUCAAUUGGCCCUUAUUGAAGAAGAAGAGAGAUGCCUACAUUCGUCGUUUGAACGGUAUUUACGAUAGAAACGCCACGAAUGAAGGUAUUCAUGUCUAUCGCGGUCAUGCCAGCUUUGUGGAUAAACAUACUGUCAGUAUAACACAUGAAGACAACACUUUCGAACUGACCGGCAAACAUAUUUUGAUCGCUACGGGAAGUGAUGCCAUCAUCCCCAAGGUUCCUGGCGCUGAAUUGGGUAUUACCUCAGAUGGCUUUUUCGAAUUGGAAGAACAACCUAAACGCGUGGCCGUCGUCGGCACUGGUUAUAUUGGUGUAGAAAUCGCUGGUAUUUUCCACGCUUUGGGUUCUGAAGUUACCAUCUUUUCUAGAACAAAACAAAUCUUGAGAAAGUUUGAUACAAUCAUUAAGGAUACUCUGUUAACACACAUGCAAAAGCAAGGUGUCAAGUUUGUGUUUGAGUCGAAAGUGACGGGAUUAAGAAAGAGUGAAAAUGGCAUUGUGGUAGAGUAUGAGCACACUUCCUCUGAUUAUGAUGAAAAGGAAAGUGAAGUCGAAGUGGAUUGUGUGCUUUGGGCUGUAGGUAGAAGUGCCACAACCCAAAAUCUGAAUUUAAGCGCUGCUGGUGUCAAGUUGAAUGAUAGACAGCAAAUUGAAGUUGAUGAAUACCAAAAUACUACCACAAAGAACAUUUACGCCUUGGGCGAUGUCAUCGGUAAAGCUGAAUUAACGCCAGUUGCCAUUGCUGCUUCUAGGAAACUAAGUGAUCGUCUUUUCGGUGGCUCUGAAUUCGCUACAUCACACUUGGACUAUGACAACAUUCCUACUGUUGUCUUUGCUCACCCCACCAUUGGUACAGUGGGUUUGACAGAAGAACAAGCACGCGAGAAAUAUGGUGAUGAGAAUCUCAAGAUCUAUAAGAGUCGAUUUACAAAUAUGUAUUUUAGUGUCCUCGAAGAACAUGAAAAGGAACCCACAGCUUACAAAUUAAUCUGUGCUGGACCUGAGCAAAAGGUGGUCGGUCUUCAUAUUAUUGGUAGAGGAAGUGAUGAGAUCUUGCAAGGUUUUGGUGUCGCUAUCAAGAUGGGUGCCACUAAGGCAGACUUUGAUAGCUGUGUUGCUAUUCAUCCCACCUCUGCUGAGGAAUUAGUUACUUUGCGUUAA